AUGGAAGAAACUUUCUCGUCUUUGAACAUUAAAGAUGUUGAGCAAAAAACUGUAGAGGGAACGGCUGAAUUUUGGGAUUGCCCAUGGCAUCCAGCAAUCAAAGAAAUAAAUCAAGUGAUCAAAAAUGGGAAGAAAUUGGAUUUGUCUUCGUUCUGGAUCUUUUUGGAUCAUAAUUACGAACUUUCUACGUGGUGUUGCCAAUGUCGCGAAACAGUCUUUGAUAUGGAUCAAGAAGAAAUAAUUAAGCUUUUAGAAGGGAACACUUAUUCUUAUAAAUUUUUUGUCUGUUCUGAGUGUGCUCAGAUCAUUAAAUACGCUACAUUUCAUUAUUAAAAAUUUUUUAUCAUUUUAUUUACAAAUGUUUCAACAAAUAAAUCUGGGGUGUGAGUAUUUUCUAAUAUAUUUAAAAAAUGUUCAUAUUUCUGACCUAAAGAUAAAAAAUAGAUAAAGCAGAUAGCAUGUUGACCACAUGUGUUCGAAGAAUAGGAUUGAUAAGCUCUUCUAUUUCUUACAAUUGCUGGAAAUUGUUUUAGAAAAUUUGAAAUCUGACAUUUUUUAUUAAGAUUUUCGAAUGAAAAUAGGGCUAGACUAUCGUAGUAAAGAACUUCUUUAUCAAUUCCUUCAGCAAAAAUGGCAACCCAGUGUGAUC